GAAAGGUCCGUUGUGUGCCACCGGCGAUCCCAUUGCCUGCCAUGGGACAGCGACCUCAAGGUGACCCGCAUGCUUUACUACUUAUGUGGCUUGAUACUCGACCUCAAAUGUCCACUCCGUAAUUUCUCUCCCGCAGCCCAACUCAUCCUCAUCUUCCUAGCUCUACAGCUCUCGCCCAAACUGACACUCAUUCGCUGCUUCACUCCCUGCGUCAGCAGCAUGCUCGGUCUACUUCGGAACCCUUCGGUGCGGGAUUCUUCGCCUCGAGGGAGUGACAAGCAACAACAGCCCAUGCAGGCCUCGCCCCAAGGCACUGAUGAACAACAUCAGUUCAUGCAGACUGAUACCAGAGAGCUCAUUCCUACCCCAGAGGCUGAGAAGGACAACCCUCUCGAUGCCUUUCCAGCCACCCCAAGUCACACUGGAGCGAACCAUCGUAUCAUUAGGGCAUUUUCUCCCCCAGCUUCUCCGGUCGCCAACUCCAUCCGUGUCAACAAGCGGGCCUCGCAGUAUGGAUCGAGACGGCUUCACAGCGGCAUCGUCCGCGCCUCGUACGGGCACAAAGCAGCCACCAUAGAGGUGGUCAAGGAGCAGUAUGCCUUCAUCAGCCAGCGCUGCCAUCGUGAGCUCGGCGCCAGCGUCGGUGCUCAUGCCUUUGAUACGUCGUAUGCCGGCCUUCUUGAGUGGAUCCGAGCGGAGCGCCUCACCAGACUUCCGCCCAAGGGCGGCUGCUGGGAUCGCGUCCUCAUAGCUGCACAGUAUUUUGCCGAGCAGGUCCAUCGGCUGAACUUAGCUAUCAACGGCUUUACUCUCGACUGUGGCUCUGCUUCAAACUUGGUCUUUGGGCAGUGCCUGUUGCUUCUUGAGCUCGGCCAUGAAAACGCCCCGGCCCUCGAGACAGCUUUCAAGGUAUUCUACCAACUCGGUCUUGAGCUUUCCCCUCUCCUACUCAUCGAUGAGAUCCUCAACGCCUCGCCAGCCAUCAUGGAAAACGUAGCCCGCGCCUUCUCGGAGCUUCUCAGUAUCGUCACGGGAGUCGCCAUCACGUUUCACACAGCCGUCCACAAAAGCGGCUGCCGCCAGUCCACGCGCCUCGAUAUCUACGCCACCUUCGGUGCCUCCAUUGACAACUUCCGCUCGCGAGUCGCGCGCACCUCGCACGAGAUGUGGACCUUUAUUCUUCUGACUCGGGGUAUUGACGAUGACGGGUACCGGGUCAACGUCGUGCAGAAGUGGCUCGCACCGCAGGACACGACGCUGGCUUUCUUGGCGUCCAACCACAUCAGUUUGGCCAGUCGUCCAGAGGAGUUCACUUGCACUUGGUUCCAGCCGUAUCUGAACGGCUUCUUCAAGGGACACGACGAUGUGCUGCUUGUCGAGGGCGGCUCUGGGACCGGGAAAACGGUCCUGGCUAAUUGGGUGAUUGAUCGGCUGCAGAGACCCCUUGGGCGAAAGAAUAUCUCCGCUCUCAGCUUCUUCUACAACUCGAGCAUCAUGGCUCAGGCAACUUGCAUUGGAAUGCUCAAGACCCUCCUAUGCCAGCUGCUCGCGCGGCGCAUAGGUGACUUGGACCUGCUCAACGUCAUCACCAAGGCCCACGCCGACCUGUCGACCGUCAUGACGGCCGAGAAGCAAGAAGAGCGCUUGUGGAAAGCUCUCGAGUCAGCCCUAUCCGUCGUCAGCGAGGGCACGGGCGAAACCCUGGCAGUCAUUGUCGACGGCCUGGACGAGAUGGACAGUCAGAAACCCGCUGCGCAGAAGGUGGCCAAGAAACUGCAUGAUUUGGCGCGCAAGACCGCGGGUAUCCGGCUCAUCCAAUUUAACCAGCCUCUGGGCAUGCCCAACAACUUUGCGUCAGUCGAAAACAUUGUACUCUCUAGGGAGAACAUCUCGGACGAUAUCCAGACUAUUUUUCGUCAAGGUCUCCUGACGGAUGCACAUUUCUCCGCCAGAGAAUAUGCGGACCAGGAGAACCUGGUCGACCAGCUUGUGGUGGCCUCAGAAGGAUCUAUGCUGCGUGCAACCCUUGGGGUGCAGUACCUCCGCCUGCAGAAGACGUGUACCGAUUUCCACAAGUCGGCCGAGAUACUCAAAACGUCUCGCAGUGUAGCAGAUAUCGUCCAACACAUCCUCUCAACGAAGCACCUGCAGCUCGAAGCCGACAGCAAAGCCCUCCUAUCCUGGCUUGUCGCCGCGGAACGACCCCUAUCCAUUCACGAAGUGUCCUUACUACUACAAGCCCAACCUGAAGCCUCCAGAAUGGUAGAGCGAACCAUCAAUAUCCACCCCAUCAUCAAAUCUGUCGCCGCCUUCACCGUAACAGGCGAGGGCCUCAUCGCCCUUCGCCACAGCGCCAUCAAGCAGGCCCUGAUCUCCAUUCCGGGUACUUCGAAGCUCUCGCUCAACCUCAAAGAGCGACACCGAGACCUGCUCAUUCGCCUCCUUAUAUGCGCUAAGAAACAUCUCCGCGACGAACACGAGCCCUGCCUUUCGUUCUUGGACCAGUCAAAGGUCGACGCCCGCAUCGCCGCGCAUCACCUCCUCGAGUACGCCAUUCGCUACUGGGCCACGCAUUUCAAGAAGUCGCCUUCGCUGUACAAAGCUCGCGGCGACUUGGAACUUCCCCGCGAGUUCUCCGCCGUAUUCCCCUCCUCUGUUACUUUCGUCCUCCUCGAAGCCGGGUGCCUGAGAGGUCAGCACGAAGCGAUAGAGCUCCUCACCGUCGCAUUCCGCGUGCGCAAGGCCCUCUUCGGCCUCGAUCACGCGGCCGUUUUGCAGUCGGCUAUCGUCUGCGCCAAGUACCAUGAGACAGUACUGUGUCAGCAUAGAGAGUCUAUCGAGUGGUGGGCGCAGGCUGUCCAUAUCGGUAAGAUCGUGCUGGGCUUCCAGUCCGACCUUGUAAUCACGUGUUGCAACACGCUUUUGCGCAUUUCGGAUGCAUUCGUCUCUGAGAAGACACGCACGGAGAUCAUGACGCAUCGCGAGGAGACACUGCUGGUGCUGGUCUCAUCGUAUAAACACCGCUAUGGCGAAAGUUCCAAGGAGGUCCUUGAAAUUUAUCAGCGUUUGGCCGAGCUGUAUGUUUCUAUCUGCGAAGAGGAAAAGGCCACGGAGAUUUAUGUCAAGAUCAAGGAGAUAACCCUUGUUAUCCACGGGGGUAGCUCUGAUGAGUUUGAUUCUGUCUCCCGGCACCUGGAUGUGGUGCUCAAGAAACAUGAUCAUAAGCCGGAAAUCGAAGUCCUUGAUGGGUUUUUAUUCGGCUACAGAGAAGAGACGGAAGAGUCUUGGACUAUUGUCCGUGUCGACAUCAUGAUCCGACAUGCGCUGGAUCUUAUCGAGCGCCGUGAGUUUGGCCGAGCUGAGGAGAUUUACAUUGAGAUCUGGCUUAAGCUUAUCGAGCAUUGCCGGUCCGUCCUCGUCUGCGAGUGGCACGAGAAGAAGAUUGAGGUCAUGAUCAAGUAUGCUUCGUUUCUCAGAGUGCAGAAACGCUUUGAGGAGUCUUCGGCUGUACUACUGUGCUGUUGGAACGAGUAUUCCAGCCACCAAGUCUCCAUGUUCGAGUCCAUUCUCGUGCUUCUGAAGGAGGUUGCUGUCUGCAUGAAACAAGUCGGUAUGGUCUCGAUCGCGCUGACAGUCUUCCAAAAAUGUUGGUCUUGGUUCAAGUCCUCUCACAAGGAAGAAACCACCAUGUUCAAGGAAAUCGAGGAACACAUCACCGUCACCUCCAAGGAGAUCGUCAAGACAUCAACCACCACUACCGUGGCGUCCUCUUCCGAGACAGUUAUCCGAGAAGUGUUCGAGUCCUCCUUCUCAGAGACCGAGAUUACGAGCACCACCGUGGAGCUGUGUGAAUCUUUGACCUCGAUCUACACCGAACAGCAAAGAUGGUCCGAGGCCAUUUCCGUCAUCAAGAGCACACUCAAAAAGUCAUGGGCUGCAUUCUUCUCCGAGUCGGUUGAAAGCACGACCAUGGCGAGUUCUUUCUCUUCCGAAAGCAUCGAGCUGGUCAUUAAAUUGGCGGAAUGCUACAUCAGCCAGAAGCGGUACGAGAAGGCCGAAUACCUAUACUUGCGGUUGUACCACGUCCACCGUAAGUGUCUCAGCAUCGACGACGCCUCUGUCAUCAAGUACAGCGAGCUAUACCUAGCAUUCCUCAAGAAGCAUCAGAUGUUCGGCCAAGUCAUCAGCUUCUACCAGGAACUACUCGUCGAGUACCGGGCUUUCUACGGCCCCACCCACUCCAUGACCAUCACCAUCCUGUACGCACUGGGAGAUAUCUGCCGAUGCCAUCAUCUGACCCACGGGUACUGGAUCGAGUACUACCUCGAAAUCGUGGUCAACCUCAAUAAGGGCGCCAUCAUCUGCCACGAGGACGCUUUCCGGGCUCUGGUCAUCGUCGCGGAGCACUACUACAAGACCCUGCGCUACUCAGAGUCCAUCGUCUUCUUUAAGUCCAUUAUCGCGACGUUCUGCAAGUUCGGCACCAAGUUCAAGUAUUUCGAGGAUAUCGCCGUGGUGCAGAAGAUCCUGGAAAAGUACUACCGGGCCAUCGAGGAGACCAAGAUGGAGAUACACACGCACGUCGAGAUUCUCAAGGAGAUCCACCAGGCCUGCUUUAAGUACUUUGGCGAGUCGUCGUCCAUAUCCAUAAGUGUGACUGCAAUGCUAGCCGAGGUGUGCUGCCGCAGCGAGAAGUACGAGUACGAAGCUGUGUCGUACUAUGAACAUGUGCUCAAGCAUUCCAAGUCUGUCUCGACCACAGUGGCCAAGCGCAGCCAGACGAAGCUCAAGUCGUUGUACGUGAAGCAGAUCAACUCAUCCUCUUCGUCGACGACGGUCACCAAGGAGAUGGUGGAGCGGGCGACGAACAUGACGUACGAACGCUACGUCGAGAUCCGCAAGACUCACUCUUGCACCCACGAGGCCACUCUAACCCAUCUGAAGGAGCUGAUAACGCUAUACCACAAGCAGUCCAAAAUAGAGCUGGCCGUCAUGGAGCUCAGAAGCCUCAUUGUCGAGUGCAUCACCAAAGUGACCUCAUCCAACGAGCUUAUCGCAACAGCGCGAUUCAUUGCCGAAAUCUACACCACGUGCGGCUACAUCUCGUACGCAUACGAGCUUAUCCGCGAGAUCAAGAUGCAAGUGAUCUACAAAGAGGCAUCCAAGACGUGCGGCUUCAACCUGGUUAAGAUCGGACCGGUCUGCUUCGCUUUCAUCGCCGCCUUCGAAUUCUAUCUGCACGGUAACUAUACCUUGACCAUCGCGGGCUUCAUGGCGGGUCUCAUGGCCGAGUACUUCUUCUACGAGCGCUUCACCGUCUCGAUCAAGUCCAAGUCCAAGGUGCACCUUGUGUUCACCCACGCCGCCCGUCUCCGGCAGAUGCUCGUCCGCACAACGCGCACCGAGUACUUUGCCAUUAUCGAGCGCCAGGCCCUCGAGUACUUCACCAGCUGUGAGAUGGCCGUCGUUAAGGUCUCGACCAAGGCCUCCAUCAAUCUCUUCGUCGGCACCCUCCUGAUCUACCUCUCCGAGCACGGCGGCGCCACCAAUUUCGUCGCCGCCGCCGGCCACGCAGCGGUGCGCAAGUUGGCUGACCUCCUGGAGAAGCAUAAAUCCAAGGAAGCGCUCGAACUCGCAACAUGCACGUUCCACUUCCUGCUCUCGCACGAGGGGCUCGACGACCCGACCGAGAUCACCCUUGGCUUCCAGCUGUGCCUCCUGUUGGCCGGCCGGGGAAAACCCAAACACACCCCCACGGAACCCAUGCUCGAGCUCUCACGCCGGAUCCUCGCAGAGGUCUUCUCUAUCUGCGCCGCCAACAAUAUCGAUCUGGCCCGCUGCCCGCUCGCCGAGCUCAAUGAGCUCAUUGGCUUGGUCGGCGACCAGAAGGACCAUGCCCGCCUGCAGUGGCUGCUCUCGCGCCUCUGGUCCUCACGCGAGGGCCUCACGGCCGCCUCGUCGUGCUGGUCGCCCGAGGUCAUGCUUGCCCUGGGCCGAAGGCUGGUGCAGGCGCACUUCGCAGCCGGGAAUCGCAUGGCGGCUAUUCGGCUCGCUGAGGACUUGUUAUACAAUGUACGGCGCGUGCACGGGGCCCGAGACCAGCAAACAUUGGGGAUCUAUACCCUGCUGGGAAGUCUGUACACGAGCAUGGCGGCGUACCAUCUCAAGCAGCAGAAGCAGGAAGGAGAUGGGAAGCGCGGGGCCGAGUUGGCGCAGAUGUACUUUAGGAAGGCGAUUCGUGUCCACGAGGACGUGUUGAAGCUGCUGGUGGAUGCUGAGAACGAGGGGAGUGAUGACGAUGAUGAGGACUUGGAUUCGGAGCUGGGCAGCUCGAGAAGUGGGGUGACUAGAGUACCUGGUUAUUUGGGAACCCGCCGGGACGAGAUUGAGCGCGUCAGGAGGCACUUGAGGUUGCUUAAGUUGGCCGUGCAAAGGUUUGGUGGUUGGGGUAAGGCCGUCGGCGAGUAUGAGAUGUUGACGAGAAGGAUUCAGGACUUGUAUGGUGGUGAGUUGAAGAUGAGCGAGGAGCAGAUUCUGGCCAAGAAGUGGAAGCUCGAUGGCUUUGGACAGGGGAAGGCUGAGGGUGGCUUGGAUGAAGACGGGUUUGUCGCUCCUUCCGUUUGGGCCAUUUGUUGA